UCCGCGUUUGACAGCUGCGAAAUAGAAAAUGUAUAGCGCAUAGAUGGUCCGGGAAAGCAUGCCGCUCCAAGGCAACCCCGCUAUCACAAGGAGAGGGAUGCAGCAUGGCCCUUUAUAGCCUGCGAACGCCCUCGUAAAUCUGGGGCCAAUUAGAAAGAUAGAAGGGGGGGGAAAAGGAAAGAAAGAAAGAGAAAAAACAAAAAAGGAAAGAAAGAAGCGGAAUAAUUCGUUUUUUAUUGUGCCGGGGGAUCGGAGAGGCAUGCACCGCGCGUUCUCGUUCCCGGUGACCGUGGAGCGCAGUCGGACCAAGGAGCGCCUGGAGGCGAGCCUGGCCGGGCUGUGCGAGCUGGAGCUCCGCAAGCAGAGGCAGGAGUGCCUGGUGCUGGGGGCGCUGGCCCUCGGGGAGCCCCUGCCCCGGGACAGCUCCAGAGGAGAGCUGGCGUGCUUCAGCAGCUGGGGGCAGGAAAACUUGACACUGAGGCGACAGCUGAGUGCCCUCCAGAGUUCUCCAUGGGGCCUGAUGCAGGCGCUGGAACAGCAGGUGGGGGAGCUGAGGAUGGACGCCGACGAUGGCUCCUGUGAUGGCACUCAGGGAGACGCAGGCGACGGUCGGCCCAGCUCUGGUCUCUACGAGCCGAGUGAGGGUCAAUCGCCAAAAGGAAGAUGUUGUUCCACUGAGCCCACAGAGACAGUCUCCCCAUGGACUUACACCAACGACAGGCCAAAGUCUGUGGGUGACCCCCUCAUGCUGAAUGGAGAACUGGAUGUCCCGGUCCAACGCACCACCCUACCCCGCUCUUUCUCCGCUCCUUACCCAGCUCUGGAGGGCAUUGCUGAGGAGGGCACAGCAGUGGACUCCUGGCAGUGGGACCCCAGCGAAGGCAACCAAGCCUGGCAGCAACAGCAACCUGUGGAGGAUGUGGAGGUCACUGAGGAGGACUACCAGCAGGCUCUGAGGGUAGAGGGUUACAUCCUCGGUCUCAUCCAGCGUUUCACCCUCGCUCCACGGCCGUGUCAGCCUCGCACCACGCUGAGCCCCGACCCCCCGUACUGCAGCGCCUCUGGACAGAGUUCCCUACACAGGAGAACUCCUUCUCUGACCACGGAGCAACGCCCCCCUGACCCCCAUCUCCAGCUCCAUGCUGACCUUUCGGCAAACCCCAAGGGCCAGGGCUGGGGUUGUGACCUGAUGGAGGGGGAGGCCUGUGGAGGAGAGGCCCCAUCUUUGGAAGAAGACUGUUAUCUGGCUCUGCCCUACCCCCAGCCCAGGCCACACUCCCUGGCUGAGAGGCUACCAUCACCUCUGCCCUCCAUGGACCCCAACUGUGGUGUUGGGGCUCUUGACCUGUGUUGUGAACCCCCAUCCCCCCAGCAUUACAUACAUCCACAACCCCCUAUUCAUCACAGACAUAAUUUAGUAAGUGCUCAGUAUAUCCCUGGACAAGGCUGCCAUGCCCCUGUGCGCUCCCCCAGACACUACAACCCAGAGCAGACUAAGUCCAACCGACCUGUCACCUCCCCUGACCACCCAAAGACCAGAACCUCGAAGAAGAACCACAACGAGAGACAGAGAGCCAAGAAAUCGAGCAGUAAAACCAGCCGAUCUCAGUCUGAAAAUAGUCUCCUGGGCCAGCGAGUGCUGCCUGAGCGGAGGUACAGCACCACAGAGAGGCACCAAGGUAGAGGGGAUCCUGUUCACAACCAAGGCCAAGUUGCUGGACCCCAGCUGGGCAACAACAGUGCCAACGCGAGCCGGCGUUGGUGCUCCAACCUGGAGCUCAGCCAGGACGAAGGGGAGACGGUAGCAGGGCAGGCACAGAGACGACCACCUCGAAAGACUCGCCAUGGUCAUCCUUGUUCCCAUUCCCAACCCCACAACUACCCCCACCAGCAGCAGCAUGCCCAGCGCUGGCACCCAGACUUUCAGGAGAGAGCGCCUCUCUGUCGGGGAGAGGAGGGCUAUGCCGGCGCCGCCCCCGCAGAGUCUGAGUCCAGCAUGAGUGAGGUGUAUUCCCCGGCCUCCAGCUCGCUGUCUAGUGACUCCGAUGAGAGCGGGGGGCUGGUGUGGCCCCAGCAGCUGCCACCACGCCUCGCUUCUACCUCCUCCUCAUCCUCACCUUCACCACAGGCCACUGCCAACGCCCCCACUCAACCAAAAGCCUUUGUCAAGAUCAAAGCCUCGCACGCCCUCAAAAAGAAGAUCCUCAGAUUCCGCUCAGGGUCCCUCAAAGUCAUGACUACUGUAUGAGGGAAAGGUCAAACUCAUAUUCCUGUGUUGGAAAUCUUUCGUCAAAGCAACACUGUGGCUGCUACUUUUGGUCACAGGUCAUAUAUUAACUAACCAAUCCAUCUUCAUCCUCAGCCUACCUCUAAUUACAGUUUGCUCUUAGCAAGAGACAUUUACAUUAAUGAUUCAGAGCUGCUACAGAUCAUCUGUCUGUAGUAUCUGCUUGAAUUUAUCCUGUAGCCGACAACCAUCAGACACCAGACUAAUGGGCAUUAUCCUGCAUUAAUUGUGGAUAACUGAUGUGAUGAAGUCACACUGAGUUGACAUGGACCGUGUUGAAGCCAAAUGGCUGAAUAUGCUGCCACUUUUUCUGGAUGACUGUUGGCCUUAUAGUUGAUUACUCCCAGGUCUAUUGUUAAUUAAUCCCUGCAGUGUAGAGUCGACAUGACCAGUAAGUAAGAUCAAAAGCUUCAAGUCUUUCUUAACACCAAAGUGCAAUAUGUAAAAACUGGGCAUGUUGCAAGUACAUACUCCAAAACAAUGGGGGGCAGCAUAUCAGAGCCAUGCAGCUACGGUCUGGACUGGGGGCUCGGAGCAGUGGUGGAGUUUACACUGUGACGGGCCGGGGCUAGCUGGUUGCUACAUGUUGAGAAAAUACUGCACCACAAUAAAAAAGUCCUCCAUUUAAAGCCUUACCUGUGUAAAGGUUUGUGAGCAUUAUCAACUAAAUUUACCUGAAAACAUGUAAGGAAAAGUACUCACCGUGCAAUAAAAUCAUCCCUAUGAGUGUUUUUUUUUUCUUAUCAUCAUUAUUAUUAUAGCUGAUGUUUUUGUAUGAAUAUUACUGCUUUGUUAAUGUGCAUGUUACAGCUGUAUAUGUUUAAGUUUUGAACUAUUUUGUAUACUCUUGCGUAUUUUAAUUUACAGAGGUGCAUCAUAACCAAAACAAAAGUAUGUGUUAGGCGAGAUUGUGGGUAAAGCAGGAAGUGAGAGAACAGCUCCAUUUAAACCCAAGUUAAUUGAAUAUCAAAUAAUUAUCAUAAACUUUAUGCUAAAACUUUCCCAUUUUGCACGGUUAGCUGACUAAAAGCCACGCUUAAAUGGAUGUAAUUAACAUGAGUGUGUCCAUUUCAGAACUGCAUUUCAUCUACAAGCAUUUCCCACAAAUCACUACUAAACUGCACAGUUCAUUCCAGGAGACAUCUUGGAAAUUACAGACCCAUCAAAUAAAGCAUCACUAUAACCUUAGUGUAUAGUAAGACUUGAAGCUUUAUAGCAAGAAAUGAUCCUAUCUGAAAAAAAAAUGUGUGGAGGAAUGAACAAAUGUAUAAUAAUAGAAACCUCUGUUUACAUUCUCCCACUGUCUCAAAAUUCAUGUGCUGAUGGUGAAUCUCUGAACGGGGACUGUCCUUUAUCUCUAUCAUUCUGUAUACCCACCUCUGCCUCUUUGUAAACUGUGCAUUCACAUUGAAGUGAACCACCUGUUACCUCUCUUUUUCUGCCAGCUGCUUUAGGGACCAAUGAGCAUAAACAGAUGUCAGGACUGGGUUCAGUGGAGGCCAUAAAGUAAGGGACCAGUCUACAUGCAUGCAUGCACGUAUAGUAUGUGUAGACUCGAUGAAACACAGGGACUCAGACGUUGACACUCUUGUAAAUAUGUAUGCUUUGUAUAUACCAUCAUGUGGCCUUGUUUGGAAUGAAUGUAGUUUGUAAAUAAAGCCAGUUUUUCUCUUCA